AUUCUCUGUUGAAGCGGAUCAUCGGCUGGGAGCCGGAGGACAGAUCUCGUCUGGGGAACAAUUUGAUCAAGUUCUCAUCGAGAAACAAAAGCUGAUCACACCUGUCCUCACAAUGGGUCAAUGCGCCGGCAGGCGAGGACUUCCAGUGUCGUCAACAUCGGGAAAGGACACGGGUCCGGGCUCAGUGAUCACCGAGCUCCUGGCAAGCUGGGAUGAUUUCCAGCUGCUGCAGUUGACAGACUUCUACCGGGACAGGCUGGAGCAGGCGAUGGAAGGACGGGUUCACGGAGUGAGCCUGGCGUUAAAGGCUGAGAAACAGUUCAGCGGAGAGGAACAUCGGAAAAUUUCUGAUCUCGCUGAUAAGGGAGAGCGGGCGGACAGUUCUAAACUCCUCCUGAGCCUGGUGAUGGAGAAAGGCUCCCGUGCCCAGAGGGUGAUGUGGGAAACCUUUGUGAAAAUGUGGAAUGAUGUUCCAAUGUUGGACAAAAUACUGAACGAAAUACAGAUAUAUGGUUGUGAUCACUCCCAUCGAUCAAACACCGCUCAAGGUUUAAUCAAGGUUCUCAGUGAGCUGAAAGAGAAACAAAAGCUGAUCACACCUGUCCUCACAAUGGGUCAAUGCGCGGGCAGGCGAGGACUUCCAGUGCCUUCAACAUCGGGAAAGGACACGGGUCCGGGCUCAGUGAUCACCGAGCUCCUGGCAAGCUGGGAUGAUUUCCAGCUGCUGCAGUUGACAGACUUCUACCGGGACAGGCUGGAGCAGGCGAUGGAAGGACGGGUUCACGGAGUGAGCCUGGCGUUAAAGGCUGAGAAACAGUUCAGCGGAGAGGAACAUCGGAAAAUUUCUGAUCUCGCUGAUAAGGGAGAGCGGGCGGACAGUUCUAAACUCCUCCUGAGCCUGGUGAUGGAGAAAGGCUCCCGUGCCCAGAGGGUGAUGUGGGAAACCUUUGUGGAAAUGUGGAAUGAUGUUCCAAUGUUGGACAAAAUACUGAACGAAAUACAGAUAUAUGGUUGUGAUCCCUCCCAUCGAUCAAAUCCUGCUCAAGGUUUAAUCAAGGUUCUCAGUGAGCUGAAAGAUGUUCAACAGAAACACAAGGAGACUCUGCGGGCACAAACUGAAACACUGAGAGUGAACACGAUCCUGGUGAGGGAGAAGGUGAAGGUUUUCCACCUGGUUGAUCGAUACGCUGAGCUCAUCGUCAUUUCUGCUGUUCGAGAUCGGAGACUGGUUGAACAUGAGCUGCUGGCAAGACGCAGAGACCACGAGCGUUGGAGAGAGAAACAUCUCCACGGAGAGAUGGAAAAAAUCCAGACUGAUCAGUUAUUCCAGAGCAGCUUUUCCCGAAGUAAAUCCGAAUCUGGGAUAUCAGCAGCAGUGGCCGGAGUCGCGGGGAUUGGGAAAACAACAAUGGUACAAAAGAUUGUUUAUGACUGGGCCACGGGGAAGAUAUUCCAACAAUUCCAGUUUGUCUUCAGUUUCAAAUUCCGGGAGUUAAACUCCAUUAACUGCAGAACAAACCUGAGGGAACUGAUUCUGGAUCAGUAUCCUUACUUUGGGAAUUUCCUGAGAGAUGUCUGGAAGAACCCACAGGGAUUGUUGUUCAUAUUCGAUGGUUUGGAUGAAUUCAAACACAGAAUCUAUUUUGCAGAUAAAUGGAGAGAUACAGAACCUAAGCACCAGUGUCCAGAUCCCGAGUGCUGGUGUGAAGUGUCGGACAUUGUGUACAGUUUAAUCCAGGGCAAGCUGCUCCCAGGGUGUUCGGUGCUGGUGACCACACGCCCCACUGCGUUACAGUUAUUGGAAAAGGCAGAUAUCAGGGUCUGGGCAGAAAUCCUGGGAUUUGCUGGUGAGCAAUGGAAGGAAUAUUUCAUGAAGCAUUUUGAUGAUCAGACGGUGGCGGCAGCUGUUUUCAAACACGUGAAGGAGAACGAGAUCCUGUAUACCAUGAGCUACAACCCCUCCUACUGCUGGAUCCUCGCACUUGCACUCGGCCCUUUCUUCACACAAAGAGACAGGGACCCACAGCAAAUUCCCAAGACCAUCACCCAACUGUAUUCCUACUAUAUUUACAGCAUCCUGAAAAACCACAGCCGUGAGAUGGAGAACCCCCGUGAUGUGUUACUCAGGGUUGGUCAGAUGGCCUUCAGAGGAGUGUCCGAUAAGAGAACUGUGUUUACAGAUGGAGAUUUCAACAACUACAAUCUGCAGCCAUUCCAGUUUCUGACUGGGUUCCUGAUGGAGCUUUUGGGGAGAGACGAUUCUGCCCAGUGUGUGGUGUACACAUUCCCACACCUCACCAUCCAAGAGUUUGCAGCUGCAGUCGCACAAUUCCUGACUAUACAUCCCGAGGAUAUCCUGAAAUUCCUCACUGAAGCCCACAACACGACAGAUGGGCGAUUCGAGGUAUUUCUCCGUUUUGUUGCUGGUCUCUCCUCCCCAAUGACAGCUCGGGGUCUGGAGGAGUUUCUGGGUCCAUUUCCUCAUGAAACAACCUGCCGGGUGAUGGACUGGGUGAAGGAGGAGGUUAAACGCCAGAGUGGGAACACAUCGAGUGAAGCUGGUAAAAGGAGGCUCCUGAACACAUUUCACUACCUGUUUGAGUCUCAGAAUCGUGAACUGGCUCAGACCGCACUGGGAUCUGUGGAAGAACUUUCAUUCAGUGGAAUGACACUGAUCCCAGUUGACUGCGCGGUCCUGUCUCAUGUUGUCAAACUCUGUGAUACAAUAAAACGUCUCGACCUGUCGUACUGCCACAUUUUGUGUGAAGGAAUCCAGCAGCUGGGACCCUGGCUGCACAAGUUCCAGGUAUUGAGUCUUGGGCGGAAUGACCUGGGAGAUUCAGGAGUGAAACUGGUGUCUGCGGCUCUUGGGAACCCGGAGUGUAAAAUACAGACACUGAAUCUGAACCAUGUCGAACUUACAGAUUCUGGUGCUGAGGAUCUCGCCUCCGCUCUCAGUACAAACCGAUCACUGAUAGAGCUGGACCUGGGAUGGAACCCGCUCACAGACCAGUCUGUCCCUGCUCUCCGCCGGCUCAUACUGACCCACCCGAGUCUGGAGCAGAUCAUGCUGGCAGUGAAUAAUUUCAGUGGGACUGGGGAGAAUGAACUGGAGUCUCUACAGGAGUCUAGACCCGGACUGAGAGUGUACCUGUAAACGUCUGAAUGUGUGAAUAUACCCGUCCACAAGAUGGAGACAAUUUGGCCGAUACCCCCCCCCCCCCCCCUUAACUCCCGCCCUUAUCUUACCGCACUCCAGAAGCAAUUCGCAAGGGUUCAGAAAUGACCCUGGAUCUGCGGUGAUCUGGGACACGGACCUGAAGUGUGAUUUGAUAAUCAUCAGUUCCGUGAUGCAGAGUGACAGUGAGAAAUGGGACUGAUUAUUCAAACUGCCCCUGGUUGUCGCCGGUCAGUUAAUUGUGUGUGACUGUGAGUGAGUCGGGACCAGCUUAUUUAUUCCCGCACGUCAGCAGCUCACAAAUCGAUUAAUUUACAUUUGUCGAUGAAAUCAAUAAACCACUGUAACAUCCUGUCUUCGUUUCGGACAAGUUUUAUUUGAAGUUUAUGCUGUCCCCCACACCCUGGGUGCCCAGGAUCUCAUCUCCACCCAGCCCCCUUGCUGGGAAACUCACCCCCUCCUUACACUCCACAAAGAAAGGGAGGGGGGACAGAGAGAGAGCUGGCCUUAUUUGGCGGUCCUGCAUUUCUUUCCGCUAGGAGGGGAAUGCUAACGACACGGAUAUCUUAAGGACAGAGCAGGAGUUGAAAACGUCAGUAUACGGAGCGGAUUCUGUACAUGGCAAAAUAUAUUCUGUUAAAUCAUGCCAGUAUUUCUCAGAGACAAACGUGUUGGUGGUUGCGCUCAUAACUCACAAAACAGCGAGUGGCAGCCUGAACAGCCAAUUGUAUUCCUACAGCUAAUUGAACUCCACAAUAUUUCAAAAUCUAACUGUUCCUCAGGUGGAUUCAACAGCGGCUUUGCCCGUCAUUAAGGUUUAAAAGUCCACAGCACGGGCAGGAAAUUCUAUUCAUAUACAUUUGAAGAAAUGUAAUAGGGACAUUUAUGCGCGCAUGCACGCACAACAGAUGUGGGAAGAUGGUUUAAGCGAUGGAGUGAACCGUGCACAGCUCUGAGCUUCAUGUUAUUGGAAAUAAACAUUAUAGUGGGAAGCUGAUCAAAAUGAGGUAAACACUGAUGUGGUCCAGGGCUGAUGAAGAACUACACAGCUUGUCGGUACAGCGAGUAUAUUUCAUAUCUGGUGGCACAUAGUGGGACGAGUUGGGGUAGUUUUGGUGUCUGACCGACCAAAGCGGAUCUGCUGAAUAUAUUAAAAAAAACAAUGACGUUAAUUGAAAGUCUGCAGAAAGAAACUGGGAAGGUUCUCAUGUGUCCCUGGGUCACGUCCACACUGAGGGGAAACCGGUUCUACUUGCAGAGGAAACAGCAGGCGUGACUGUGAAAAGUGCCGAAAAUGCUGGAAACAUCGAUUCCGGAAUACUUGUGGGAAGAGAGCCACAGUGAAAGUUCAGGUU